AUGGAGUAUCUUCACCUCGCGCACACGCUGGCAGAUGCUUUCAACGCCCUCGCCGAUGAGGUUCAGACAUUGACUGAUCGCAAGACUGUCCUGGAGCACAAGCUGCGCUUCGCCCAUGAACAGUACCUGGCAGACAAAUAUGCCCCGGCGGCGCCAGAGAUAGCCGAUACCCUGGCUAAGCUCCAGAUCCCUCCAUAUAAUCCUCUUGAUAAUUCGUUGCCUGUACCGCUACCACGGUCAUACAACCCCGGCUCUCAACAUCAGAUUGCCCUCGUUAUCCGCGACGGACGUCGAGUUGCCAACCAGCUUGCCUCGCUGGGCGACGCGAGCAAGACCACGGGGUCUAGCAGAGAAGCCUCGUCUCAGGCGUCGGACGUCGCUACAUCCAUGUCGACGGCGUUAGAACAAGACUUCACGGUCCAGGGAAAGAAGGGUCAUCUCCAAUGCCCGUUUUCCAAGCCGGCCACGGCGAGCGGCUCUGGGGACCAAGAUGAGGGCGUGCAAGACACUACGCCGCACCAUUCUAUGGACCCCAUCUGCGCAGCCAUGUACGCAGAGUCCACGUCUCAACAAGCCCGUACCAAUGGCUCGUCGACGGGCAAAUGCCCCAUCCGCUACAUGGACAAACACUCGCCAGCCGAGAUUGCCCAUUAUGUUGAGACGCACAAGCAUGAACUCCCUCGCAGCCAUGAAAUUUGCCUCCGCCGAUACCAGCGUGACGAAGAUCAGAUCAAGAAAAUAGACUCUAAAUAUGGCGACAUCGUGAGCAUGAUUGAGGGACUGGGCCAACUUCAUCAGCCCAUGCUACCCGAGGCGGAGGAUGACCCGACGAGACCGAGUGAUGUGGCACAACCUUCAAAUGAAAGAGUCGAGAAUUGGGCUCAGGCCGUCAGUGUGAACUCGGAUCCAAAUGAUGCUCGAGAACCGACCCACGAGGACGGCGACCGACAGGGCCACUUUGAUCGACCGUUUAGGGAAGUGCGCGUAGGAGAGUCUCCGAACCGGCCAUGGGGAAUAUCAGUUCCACCCUACGAUCCCUCUACGCAAGAUGACAACCAUCCGCUCUCUCCGCCGCCCGCACCCGUCCGCAUGCCGAGUCCGAUCCCGAGUGUAAGGAGCGCUCGAACACCGACAAAGAAUACGCCUGGGAAAUGCCCAUUUGACCACACGAAAUUUACCGCGCUAGGUGGAAUGCCCCCAUCAAUGAAGCAUGACCCACCCGUGUCCGUUACGCUCGAAAAUGCCGAGCCAUCACGAUCGUUUUCGCCCGUCAAGGAGACGGCGCCUCCUCCUGAACCCACAAGACCACCACAACCUGCCUUUAUCAACCCCGACAUGACCAAGGGGACGGGCAAUUUGCCUCAGAUGAUUUUUACGGGGCCUGUGUUUAUUGGAUAUCCAAUGGACCAGGCUAUACAAUUCAUGAACCAAUAUCGGGGGAGCCAGUAA